CCGGAAUGCCUUCGGUCGAUAGCGAACGCCUCACGGGUUCACGGGUUCAAAUGCCGUGGAAUCCGGUCCACAGAUUUGGGAGAUCUCUUCUUGGCUUACGAAGCGAACGAGCAUAAAAUUCCCAGCUUCGCUCCCGAAAACAUCCACCGUUCCGUCCCUCGCCAGCUUUCUUGCUUUCCUCAUUCAUCGGCGUGAUCUGGAACAAGAUCGAUCCCUGGCCCAAUUACUUGCCAAAGAGAUCCUAUAGGGUCUGCCCGUGAUUUGCUACAACCGGCUGCACAAAUGGCUACUUUAGCUGGAUUACAGCCUCUAUUCUCCUUUGGGGUUAUAUCAGAUGUCCAGUAUGCUGAUAUCCCUGAUGGUCACUCAUUUUCUGGUGUCCCUCGAUACUAUCGUCACAGCAUGCAAGUGUUACAAAGAGCCAUAAGUAAGUGGAAUGAUCACAAGAAGCUCCAAUUCUUGAUGAACUUUGGGGAUAUUGUUGAUGGGUUCUGUCCCAAGGACAAGUCACUAAUCACUGUGCAGAAAGUCGUGAAAGAAUUUGACAGAUUUAAUGGUCCCACCUAUCAUAUGAUAGGCAAUCACUGCCUUUACAAUCUUCCACGCAGCAAAUUAAUCUCAUUGUUAAAUAUGCCCUCUGUUCACGACCAUGCAUAUUAUGACUUCUCCCCAUGUCCUGGGUAUAGGUUUAUUGUUUUGGAUGCCUAUGAGAUUAGCACAAUUGGUUGGCCAUUGGGUCACCCGAAUGCAUUGGCAGCUAUGCAGAUUUUGGAGGCAAAGAACCCUAAUUCUGAUAAAAACAGCCCAAAUGGCAUGGUAGGCCUUGAGAAAAGAUUCUUGAUGUUCAAUGGUGCUAUUGGGAAGGAACAGCUGCUUUGGCUUGAUGAUGUCCUUAAAGAUUCCACCAAGAAUGAACAGAAGGUUGUUAUAUGUUGCCACCUUCCUUUGCAUCCUAAAGCUGCAUCAGCCAAGGCACUCCUGUGGGACUAUGAAGAGGUACUGAAUUUGAUACACAGCUAUAAAUGUGUGAAGGCUUGCUUUGCAGGUCAUGAUCAUAAAGGUGGUUACACUGUCGACUCCCUUGGCAUUCAUCAUCGUGUUUUCGAGGCUGCCCUAGAGUGCCCUCCUGAAUCAAAUGCAUAUGGGUAUAUAGAUGUGUAUCAUGACAGACUCUCUCUUAUAGGUACCGACAGAAUGAUGAGUACUGAGAUGAUUUUCAACUAACUAGGAACAAGCAAAAAUAUGGAAUAUAUCCUUGAUGAUAGUUUUCCUUGUUUGAAGGAUGAAAUUUACUUAAUCAUGCUUUUUAACAGAUUCCAACUGUAAAACAUAUAUAAUUAAUAAAGAUGUCCAUGAAAAAAGCUUAGUCAUUAGCUUUACCUUGUUCAGAUAAUUAUUAUUAUAAACAAAUAUUUGUAAACAUUUGGUCGUUCAAAAUAAAUGCAUUCUUGGCAUUCCACAA